CUGGCUGUACAGGUACAUUCUACAGAAACGAAACCCCUCAGUAGCAAAAAUAACUUCUCAUGUUAUUUUACCUAUCUCUUAUACCCUUGCCUUUUUAUUAAUUUAACCCAAAAGAAAGUUUGUGGUCAAGAUGGGAGUGCCGAAAUUCUACCGAUGGAUUUCAGAAAGAUACCCUUGCCUGAGUGAAGUUGUCAAGGAACAUCAGGUAUGAUAGCCAUAGCCUACUUCUUUGCUACCUAACUAGCGAAUGUUACUGUUGCAGGUAACUAGUCAAGCUAUCAAGCUAAAUAUAGCAGGCCCAUAACAGUUUCGCCUUGACGUAUCGAUGUUUCCACUCUGCCUGCACGCGCUACUCAUAGCUGUGAUUAUUAUGGUCAUAGCUAAAUAAGAUAACCUGUUAUUGUAGUUACAAAUAAAAAUGCAGCUAGCUAACUAUAGUCAUAUUUACCAACUAAUUUAGCUACGUGUUUGACUCAGUUUACCUUCUAGGUAGCUAACUAGUUAGCUAGCUUGCUAGCUAAUACCACUAGCUAUCAGCUCCAGUUAGAUUAUCAAACAGUCUAAGUUAGUGAAUAAGGCAGGCCUAUAUUAGUUUAGCCGAGGAAAGCUCAAUUCCGUUCUCUUUAUCGAGGCAUAGUUGAAUUUAUGCUUUGUUUGGUUUGUCAAGUAAAUAGAAAGUCAUUCUGAAAAACAAAUAUUGUAGUCGUCGACCAGAUGUAAGAGUUUUACUACCGAGAUCACUAUUGCCAGGUAUGCAAUAUACAUUAGUGGAAUAUUGUCCACAAUCGAACUCUGACUCUCUGCCCUGAGUCACGCCUAGUUUUGGGACACAACAUCGGGAGUCUGAAUUGGUUGGACUCCGUGAGUUGUGCGUCGUUUUGAUGGGUGGCUGGCGACGGAUGUGGAUUAGCUACUGCAUGUACAGCAUAUUUCUGAAAUAAGAGUCCAUAUCUGUUUCCAAUCAAUCCCACUAUAUAAUUUUUUAUCCUCAACUCAUAAAUACACUCCCUCUGUUAUUCAAGAAUUGAUGCUGUUGUCCUCUUACUAUGGAUAGUAGACAGACAGACAGACAGACAGACAGACAGACAGACUGCUCUAACAUCCCCCUUUACCUCUCUUCCCAAGAUCCCAGAGUUUGACAACCUCUACCUGGAUAUGAAUGGCAUCAUCCACCAGUGCUCGCACCCCAACGACGAGGACGUCCACUUCCGUAUCUCAGAAGAGAAGAUCUUUGCAGACAUCUUCCACUACUUGGAGGUGCUGUUCAGGAUCAUCAAGCCCAGGAAGGUGUUCUUCAUGGCCGUGGACGGAGUGGCUCCCCGGGCCAAGAUGAACCAGCAGAGAGGCAGGAGAUUCAGGUAAUGAUCAUGAUGAUAACAACUAUCUGUGACGGUGGCAUGGUGGCAUGGAUCAAAAAAUGUCAUAACUCAAUCAACCAAUCAAUCACUUAUAUGUUUCUUGUGAAGGUCGGCCAAAGAAGCAGAGGACAAGAUAAAGAAAGCCCUUGAGAAAGGAGAGGUCCUACCCUCUGAGGCCCGCUUUGACUCCAACUGCAUCACACCUGGUAUGUAGCCCACUACACAAUCCAUCACUUCUCCACCAAUCUGUCCACUCAUACCCUCAUCCAAUUCCUAGGGGUUAGGAUGCAUGUGAAUGCAUAUGAAUGAAGCAUUGGUUGUUUUCAUUAGGGCAAAACAGUUUCAAAACAGUUUCCAAUGGAAAAUGAAAUUGAGUCCCUCCCUGUUUUAAUCUGUUUGCUGCCUAAUGAAUAUGACCCAUCAUGCCUCUCUUGUAGGGACGGACUUUAUGGCCAGGCUACAGGAGCAGCUCAAGUACUUUGUCAACAGCAAACUAUCCACAGAUAAUGCCUGGAAAGGAGUCAACGUCUACCUUUCUGGACACGAGGUGAGGGCUGGGGACACUGUGUGUGUGUCAGUGUGGGGGUUUCUAUUGCACAUUUAUUUUAUUAGAUUUCAUAUGUGAAUGACUGACAUUGACUGUACAUGCUUUUAACUGCCUGUAACCCUUUGUUUGUUUGCCCCCAGACGCCAGGAGAAGGAGAGCACAAGAUCAUGGAGUUUAUCCGCUCGGAAAACGCCAAGCCAGGCCACAACCCAAACACACGCCACUGUCUCUAUGGCCUGGACGCUGACCUGGUGGGUGGUCUGUGUGUUUGUGAGAUAUGGCAUCAAUGUGUGUCGGGAAGGGUGUGUGGUGUGUGUGGCAUCCAGAGAUGUGUAUAUGGUGGCAGAUGUGAAUGUCUAUGUAUUUCUGUAAUCCAGGGAUGUCAAAAAUACGGCAAUUUUUUGGUGGGGGAUAAACUUAAUAUACUUUAAAAUUACUAAAACCAAAUCAAAAUUGUAUAGAAAUGAAGACCAAAGUGUAGUCCGAUUGCGGCCACCAGGGCAAAAUUAGUUUGACACCACUGCUGUAAUCAGUCAAUUAACGUGACAGAAUUCUACUGUUGUUACAUUCGUAUUAAUGAAGGUGGGUUGUGUUAACUACACGGUCUCUUUCUCUCUCGCUACUACAGAUGAUGUUAGGUCUGACCAGCCACGAGCCACACUUCUCCCUACUCAGAGAAGAGGUCCGCUUUGGAGGGAAGAAAAACCAGAAGAGGUGAGUCUAGUGUGCAAGAGAGAGCGCUGUGUGUGUGUGUGUGUAUAAGACAGAGUUAUAUGUAUGUAUUUCCCUCCUGCAGAAUAACUGCUCCAGAGGAGACAACCUUCCAUCUACUGCACCUGUCACUAUUUAGGGAGUACAUAGACUACGAGUUCUCUGAGGUUAAGGUAAGACAAACCCAUACUCACACAGAAUAAAAUCUUGCUUGAGUGUGACCAAUACAGUAGAUGCAUACCUAUAAGUUACUAAUACACAGUAUCAGUUCUCUAUGAAGGGUUUGAAUAACAAUAAGAUCAUACGAUUGGUUGUUCCUCACAGUAAGAUUUCAUAUGAUUGGUUGUUUAACAGAAUAAGAUCUCGUUUGAGUACGACCUGGAGCGAAUCAUAGAUGACUGGAUCCUAAUGGGCUUCCUGGUGGGAAAUGACUUCAUCCCUCAUCUUCCUCAUCUUCACAUCAACCAAGACGCCCUGCCUCUCCUCUACCGCACCUACAUCAGUGUGCUGCCAACGCUUGGAGGUGAGAACACUCACACACCAUACAACUUCUUCUAGCGUUUCUUCCACAUUAAACAUUUUAUUUGCAUACCGUCUGGAGAAAGUGAUUAACUUCUUUUAUAUUUGACCCAUAAAGGGUACUUGAAUGAGAAUGGCCACCUGAACCUGGGCAACUUUGAGAAGUACCUGGAGAAACUGUCAGAGGUGGGAGACACCAUAAACAUCCGCUAUCAGUGGGAUUAUUUCAUUACCAUACAUUUCUGAUUGUGAUGUAUGUCUCACUCUCUUUCUCUGAUACCAGUUUUGCAAUUUCUCUCUCUUCAUCCCUUCCUCUUUAUCUCCUUCUUUCUCUUUCUGCUCUCUUCCUCUGCCCCAGUUUGACAGGGAGCACUUCAACGAGGUGUUUGUGGAUCUGAAGUGGUUUGAGAGUAAGGUGGGGAACAAGUAUUUGAACGAGGCUGCAGGACUGGCAGCAGAGGAGGCUCACUGCAAGGACACCAGGAAGAAAGACCUGGUGAGGCAUGCAAUACACACACCCACACACACACACGCACACACACACACACAGAGAUCCUACAAAUGCGUGUCUAGAAAUCCAUAUUCUGUGUGUGUCUGUGUGUGUGUGUGCGCAGGAGGACUCUCUGCGUCUAACUACUCUGGAUGAUGGGAAGGACAGAGCCCCUGGCAGAGGUUUUGAGGAGGAUGGUGAAGAAGAGGACAUGUUUGAGGCAGAGUUCCGACAGUAUAAACGCACCUACUACAUGACCAAGAUGGGAGUGGAGGUGGUCUCAGAGUUAGUAUACCUAACCUUCUCCCAACGUUUCCCCAACAUUCUCAAAAUACACUGCUCAAAAAAAUAAAGGGAACACUUAAACAACACAAUGUAACUCCAAGUCAAUUACACUUCUGUGAAAUCAAACUGUCCACUUAGGAAGCAACACUGAUUGACAAUACAUUUCACAUGCUGUUGUGCAAAUGCAAUAGACAACAGGUGGAACUUAUAGGCAAUUAGCAAGACACCCCCAAUAAAGAAGUGGUUCUGCAGGUGGUGACCACAGACCACUUCUCAGUUCCUAUGCUUCCUGGCUGAUGUUUUGGUCACUUUUGAAUGCUGGUGGUGCUUUCACUCUAGUGGUAGCAUGAGACGGCGUCUACAACCCACACAAGUGGCUCAGGUAGUGCAGCUCAUCCAGGAUGGCACAUCAAUGCGAGCUGUGGCAAGAAGGUUUGCUGUGUCUGUCAGCGUUGUGUCCAGAGCAGGACCGCUACCUCCGCCUUUGUGCAAGGAGGAGCAGGAGGAGCACUGCCAGAGCCCUGCAAAAUGACCUCCAGCAGGCCACAAAUGUGCAUGUGUCUGCUCAAACGGUCAGAAACAGACUCCAUGAGGGUGGUAUGAGGGCCCGACGUCCACAGGUGGGGGUUGUGCUUACAGCCCAACACCGUGCAGGACGUUUGGCAUUUGCCAGAGAACACCAAGAUUGGCAAAUUCGCCACUGGCGCCCUGUGCUCUUCACAGAUGAAAGCAUGUUCACACUGAGCACAUGUGACAGACGUGACAGAGUCUGGAGACGCCGUGGAGAACGUUCUGCUGCCUGCAACAUCCUCCAGCAUGACCGGUUUGGCGGUGGGUCAGUCAUGGUGUGGGGUGGCAUUUCUUUGGGGGGCCGCACAGCCCUCCAUGUGCUCGACAGAGGUAGCCUGACUGCCAUUAGGUACCGAGAUGAGAUCCUCAGACCCCUUGUGAGACCAUAUGCUGGUGCGGUUGGCCCUGGGUUCCUCCUAAUGCAAGACAAUGCUAGACCUCAUGUAGCUGGAGUGUGUCAGCAGUUCCUGCAAGAGGAAGGCAUUGAUGCUAUGGACUGGCCCGCCCGUUCCCCAGACCUGAAUCCAAUUGAGCACAUCUGGGACAUCAUGUCUCGCUCCAUCCACCAACGCCACGUUGCACCACAGACUGUCCAGGAGUUGGCGGAUGCUUUAGUCCAGGUCUGGGAGGAGAUCCCUCAGGAGACCAUCCGCCACCUCAUCAGGAGCAUGCCCAGGCGUUGUAGGGAGGUCAUACAUUUACAUUUACAUUUACGUCAUUUAGCAGACGCUCUUAUCCAGAGCGACUUACAAAUACAGGCACGUGGAGGCCACACACACUACUGAGCCUCAUUUUGACUUGUUUUAAGGACAUUACAUCAAAGGAUUGCAAUAUUUACCUGGAGCUAACCUUGCAGAUAGCAUUACUGGGUGAUCUGAAAAGUCAUAGUCAAUCGAUCAAUAAUAUAAUAAUACUUUUAGCAAAAAUGUUUAUUUUUAAUUCACAAUCUGUAGAAGCAAUGAGAAUAGAAAGGUUCAGAACUUUUGUAAAACAUCACAGUACGGUUGAAAUAUAUAUGGCAAAUAGAAAUCCUAUAUGGAUGGUGUUAAAAGAUAAAUGGGAGGUAUUGAAUAGAGUUGAAGGAUGGGACUAAUAACAAAUAACAACAAAUAAUAACAAAGAUGGCUAAUAAUGUAAGCAUACUGUGUCCAUAAUAAGUAUAUAGGUUGAAUGUUGGGAGCUUUUGGGAAAGAGCACAGUUAGAAAGAUAUGGCAUAUAGAAGCAAACCGGAUGGACAUCAUGAAAAUGAUCGGAGAGGUUGAGAGUAGAAGAAGUUCAGGAGCAAAAAAAAUUAUAAAAAAAUAUAUAUAAUAGAAUCGAAUUAUUGUAAAAUUAACUGUGUCCAUAAGGUGUAGAUAGUAAGUAUAGACCGGAAGUAGAGGCCUGGGCAUUGUUGUUCACUAAUUUACUCCAAGUAGGGAAAGGAUGGCGGGGUUGAAAAGUAAUAAAGGGGAGUAUAUAUAUAAAAAAACAUGGGGGAUUGGAAGUGAUGCGGACAAUUACAUUGAUAGAAGAUACAAUCUAUCUGCAAUAUUAAGCUGAUCCAUCCCCCCCAUAAAAAAAUUAAUAAAAAUUCAUUCAUUCAGGUCUAGGAUGUGUUGUUUAUGUGUUCCCUUUAUUUUUUUGAGCAGUGUAUUUUCCUACUAACUAAUGAUCUUGAAAUGCUCUUAGCCCAAACUGAGUUUAACGUUUAUGAUUUUUCUAGUUAAUAACUAAAGACAAUGGCAUUGUAGAGCAUGACACUUGUUUAAACUUUUGUUGUUUGUAUUGUUUUCAGUGAGUUUCUAGCAAAUCAGGCGUUGUGCUAUGUGGAGGGAAUCCAGUGGAUCCUGCAUUACUACUACCAUGGAGUCCAGUCCUGGAGCUGGUGAGUUUUGCUUUCUUUCUCUGUCUCUCUCUCUGUGUCUCUCUCUCUGUCUCUCUCUCUCUGUGUCUCUGUGUCUCUCUCUCUCUGUCUCUCUCUCUCUGUGUGUCUCUCUCUUUCUUUUCUCUCUCGGUCUCUCUCUCUCUGUGUCUCAGUCUGUGCACGCCCAUGUACUAAUUCCUCCCUCUGUCCUAGGUAUUACCCUCACCACUACGCCCCGUUCCUGUCAGAUGUGAGGAACAUAGCCCAUCUGAAGUUGACUUUUGACAUCGGCAAGCCUUUCCUGCCCUUCCAGCAACUACUGGGAGUCCUGCCCGCUGCCAGCAAAGACCUGCUUCCCCAGAGCUACAGGGUAACACACAUACAGACCUGCAUAGCAGCAUUGUGGCGACCUAUGACACGCACACUUUCGCAUAACACACACGGUUCUGAUACCUCCAUUUUGUUCUGUCCACAGCACCUGAUGACAUCAGAGAAUUCUAGUAUCAUUGAGUAUUACCCUCUGGACUUCAAGACGGACCUCAACGGAAAACAGCAGGAGUGGGAGGCAGUGGUGCUCAUCCCCUUCAUCGACGAGGUACACACACACACACACACACACACACACAUAAUUCAAUGACACACUUCAUACCUGUGUGUCUUAUUCUUAUGUUACUUAUUUAUUUGCGUGUUUCCUUUCCAGAGAUGUUUGCUUGCUGCGAUGGAGCCUUAUAACGAUCACAUGACCAAGGCUGAGAAGGCCCGUAACCGCCACACAGAGUGUGCUGUGUACAGCUAUGACACUGAGCUAGACUACCCCCACACCUCCACCCUGCCUGAACUGUUCCCCAACAUCAUGCACUGCCACGUCAGGUGAGACACACACUGAACACACACACUCACUGAUGUACACGCACACACUGAACACACUACUUCCACGAGGCUAAGAUACUGUAAUGUGAUUGGUGGUUUCCAGGGUGACACCGGUUCCCAUGGACGCGUGGCAUGUGUCAUUGAGCCACGUGGCGCGCAGUGUCAACAGUAGCCAGCUCUACUUCCUUGGCUUCCCCACCCUGCAGCACAUCAGACACAAGGUACGAUAGACAGGCAGACCGACAACAACCGUGUCAAUGAGACGACAACAAGAGUGUGAAUCAGAACACAUGAUCCGAGAGCAAUACAGAGUAGAAGACUGUAAUAUCAUGUACUGUGUCUCUAUUAACAAAACAGUAGUCGGUAGUCACACCACACAGUCCGUUAACACACCACGAACUGGUGGCCAACAGUCACAAGAUGAUUUGUCAAUAAAGAUGCUACAAGCAUAAGAUCUAGUUAUGUAAUCGGUCACUUGUUAAUCCAAGUGCUCAAAGUGUGGCCGUAGAGGUAUACUAUGAGUCUAGCUAGAUCUGUUGAGGAUUUUCUAAAGCUAGCCAGCUUCAGUUAGCUUCACAUUCCAGUCCUAGCUUCAUCCACGUUACAGAGGUGGAUAUUGAUCGUGCGCCCACCACUUAGUCGAGCCUGCUCGAGCAGGGCAUGACGCACAUGGCUAGUCGAACGCGUAACUCUUUAUUGAGACAAUGCUGAAACAUCAGUCCAUGGGCGAGUCAGUGCCACAUUUUAAUUUAGGCGAAAAUCACAAUGAAAGAGUGGUUAUCCUGCAAGUUCAGCAGGCUAUGUUGGCAAAUGGGCUGUUAGAAGUGCUGUCUUUCUUAUGCAUAUUGUUUAUGUGGUCUUUGGUGUGCUUAUCAAUGCACAAGCCCUUUUUUCCCCCAAAACAUACUAUCGCGUGAUGUUUCAAAUGCAUCCGUUCAUUACUGAAUGUGUAGAAUGAUAUGGUCCGGAAAAUGACGAGAUGGUGACGUACUCUUUGCAAGAGGGAGCCUAAUUUGAUUGGUCCUCAACUCGCAGCCCAAACACUUCAUUCAGAAUAAAUAGCCUGCCACGGAGCAGGUUAGCUCUGAAGAAUUCGUUGCCAUAGAAAUGUACCUGGCUAAAAGGUGAGCCACUGUCAUGUCAACGGUUAUCUCGAGUUGAACUCAAGAGUUGACCAAAGUUAGCUCGAUCUUCAAUCUCACGUCGUAGGACAAACCCCUCUAAACUGAUGUCUCAUUGAAACCAGGAGAUUUUUGAUGUUUUUUUCGUGGCUGCAUUUACACCCCAAUAUUCACACAGAUGAUGUGUAUUGGCCAUCUUAGAAUAUGAAUACUUGUAUGUAUGUUUCAUAUGUACAUGUUUUUCUGUCUUUAUAGUUCUAUAAGAAGAAGCAUGGAGUGGUGGUGUUCCAGCAGAGCAGCCGAGGAGAGAACAUGAUUCUGGAGAUCAGACCUAGCAAAGAAGAUCCAGUGAGUAUAGAUGCGCACACACACACACACAGUCUUGUUUCUAUGAAGAGUCGAUGACUGUGUUAGGUAUGUGUCUGGAGCAGAAAUAGCAUAAAUUGUUUUUCAUCCCCUCCUCCCUCUCCCUCUCUCUCUAUCCGUCUCUCUCGCAGACGUGUGGUGAUGUGGCGUCCCUGGUCCUGGGUUGCACUGUCUUUGUCAACUGGCCCCACCUAGAGGAGGCCAGGGUGGUAGCAGUGUCUGACGGGGAGAGCAAGUAAGAGGCACACUCGGUUCAAGUCAUGCCUAAAAUAAAUUACAGUAUUACACCCAGUGGUGGAAAAAGUACUCAAUUGUCAUACUCAAGUAAAAGUAAAGAUACCUUAAUAGAAAAUGACUCAAGUGAAAGUAACCCAGUAAAGUACUACUUGUGUAAAAGUCUAAAAGUAUUUGGUUUUUAAAUAUAAGUAUCAAAAGUAAAUGGAAUUGCUAAAAUGUACUUAAGUAUCAAAAGUAAAAGUAUAAACCAUUGAAAAUUCCUUAUAUUAAGCAAACCAGACGGCACAAUUUUAUUUUUUUGUUGACGGAUAACCAGGGGCACACUACAACACUCAGACAUAAUUUACAAACAACGCAUUUGUGUUUAGUGAGUGCACCAGAUCAGAGGCAGUAGGGAUGACCAGGGAUGUUUUCUUGAUUAGUGUGUGAAUUGGACCAUUUUCGUGUCAAAAUGUAACGAGUACUUUUGGGUGUCAGGGAAAAUGUAUGGAGUAAAAAGUACAUUAUUUUCUUUAGGAAUGUAGUGAAGUAAAAGUAGUCAAAAAAUAUAAAUAGUAAAGUACAGAUACCCCAAGAAACUACUUAAGUAGUACUUUAAAGUAUUUUUACUUAAGUACUUUACACCACUGAUUACACCUGGACCAUCACUCAAAACCAUUACACCUCUGGCUCUGCCGUUCAUUCAGUUCUCUUUAGACCAUUACUUUGAAGUACACUGAGUUGUCGAUAUUCAUCUGUCUACCAUCGUCUACCUCAAACACGCCUUUCCCCUACUUCUUCUCUCUUCUCCCCUUUCUCUCCCCCUCAUCACACCCCUCCCUCUCAGGUUCUUCCUGGAGGAGCCAGCGGGAGUGCAGAAACUGUAUGACAGGGACUCUCCUCCCCCCACCAAGGUCACCUACCUCAGUGACAAGGAGCAGAAGGACUGGUUGAAGGACGUCCAGGGUAUCACUGAGCAGUAAGCAUCUAUUUGUUUAAAAAAAACUAAGUUUGUUAUCCAAGUAGAAUAGUUUUUGUGUGAAGGUCAUGUGUAUGUGUUUGAUUUCUACAUCCUCUUUGGUAGAAGUGUCUUCCUAUGAGUCUAUUUUAGUAUUUCUUUACUUAACAUUUACUUAACCAAGAAGUCCCAUUGGGGUCAGAACUGAUAAGACCUCUUUGCCUAGGGGGACUUUGGCAGACCACUCUCCUCCUUACCUAAAUACAUCUCAAUCUCUUCUCCUCUCAGUUUCAGUAAGCGUAAGGGCAUCAUAGUGAAUGAGACGGGGGUGGUGUUGUAUGCCCAGCUGCUGGCAGGCAGGAAGUAUGUACCUGGGCAGAACAGACAGGUGCACCUGGAGAAACAGUGGGCCAAGCAGAUAAUGCCCUUCGCCUACCAGACCAUCGUCAAGGUAGGCACACGUGCAGAGACGCGUACAGACACAGGAACACACAUAGGAAGACACAUACUACACACGCAUAUACACAAACACACUCACUUUCUCUCCCUCUCUCUCUCAGGACAUCAAGGCCUUUGACUCGUCGUCAACCCGCUUCAACACCCUGGAGGAGCUGUUUCCCCCGACGACCACCGUGUUCAUGGUGGGGAACCCCUACUACGGCGCUAUGGGAGAGGUCUGUACUGCUUCCGGUCUCUACUUCCUGUCUGAGCCUUACACACUUUCUUAUUGACAUGGAAUCAUCAGUAUUGGAGACUCUUGAGCGUACUGGUUCACGUUAGGGGUUUAGGCUUGCUGCUUUUCGUGACCUUGAAUCUGAAUUGCUGAAUUGAAAUAUCUAGUCUUGCAAAUAAAAUAAAUGUUUGUGAAAAAAGAAAAUUAAAGUUAAAGCACUCAAAUGUGAUAUAGAGAAAUAAUAUUUUAAUGUAAUGUAUUAGACAGUUUUUUGGCUUAAUCUGUUGCGUUACAUAUCAUGUUUGCCUUUUCAAUAACAUUAUUUGCUCUUGGACAUACAGGUGCAGGAGUCUGGUGAUGUCAUCAAAGAGGGACGGGUGUGGGUGGUGUUCACGGUGCCCUGUGAACCACCGAUGGAAGCCUUAAUACAGAACCAGCAUGUAAGUCAUUCUCAAAACGACACAUCUCUCUCACACUCCUCGCCUGCCCCACCACAUGACCAAACAUGUGCGCCGUUGCCACGCUUACUCUCGCCCUCCCUCCCUCCCCUGGUAGAAAUACUGUGUGAAGUACAGUCCCGGCUACGUUCUGGCCUCUCGCCUCGGCGUCACCAGCUACCUCGUCUCCAGAUUCUCCGGCAGCAUCUUCGUCGGCAGAGGAUCCAAGAAGAAGUGAGUGAACACAUUUCAAAUGGAAGUCUAUUACCCAUAUAGGUUUAGUUUAUUCUCUGUGUUUAAUAAACCAUGUGACUCUCUCUCCCUCUGUGUCUGUCUCUGUUCUCUUGUCCCCCCUCUCCCUCCCUCCUCAGUCCCCAUGGGGAGCAGAAGGCUAACGUGGGUCUGAACCUGAAGUUCAAUAAGAAGAAUGAGGAGGUGCCCGGUUACACCAAGAGAACCCAGAAGGAGUGGCUCUACUCUGACGCUGUGGAGGAACUGAUGGCUGAGUACCUGGAUAGGUGUGUCCCCUAAUGUAGUGUGUGUGUGUGUCCUUAUGUGUGUGUUUUUCUCUGUAUUUAUGCAACUGUGUUGUCUGUAUGUGUGAAACUGCAAACGUGUUUGUAUGUUUUCUUAUUUGUGUGUGUGUGUAACCUGCAUUGUGCUUCCUCCUGUAGGUUCUCUGAGGUGUUUGAUCUGGUGUCCAGGAACAGUCAUGAUGAUGUCUUCUACGAGGACGACAUCUGGCCUGGAGAGGACGAGAACGGGUAACACUCACAUCAAGAUUUACACUCACAUUCGUGCAGUCAACAAUCAUCAUUUACACUCAGUCAUACUCAUAACAGUUACUCAAGACUUGCAUUCAGAUUUCUUAAAGGUGCAGUGCAGUCAAAAAUCAGUUUUUCCUGUGUGACCACUCUGACUGUCCUACCAAAAUUCUUGCUUGAGAAAUAUUUGUUUAUUUUUGAGAAUUUUUUAUGGAAAUCUAUUACUGUAAGGUACUGAAUUGUUAAAAACGGCUGCAUUGGGCCUUUAAACAGACAUAUAAAACACUUGGAGUAGAUUGAUUAUAUGUAACAAGACGGAAGUAAAUAACAGUUGUAGUAAUACUGAAGAUAGUGGUGAUGGUAGUUGUGAUGGGGAUGGUUUUACGGCAGGGCGGAGAAGGUGAAGGAGAUCACUUCCUGGUUGAAGACCCACCCGGUCGCCGACAUCGCCCGCGCGUCAUGUGACCUGCAGAUCCUGGACAAGGCCAUCGUGGAGCGGAUCGAGGAGGAGGUGGAGAAGGCUAAGGUAACUCGGGGCUGUCAAUCAUUUAUCUCUUCUCCUACUUGCUUUCUUUUCUAUCAAUAAAUCACCUCUACCCUUGUUUUUCUGUCUAUUAAUAUUAUGAUGGAGGCAUAUGCAGACUACUACUCAACAAGCCCUUCCUUCACUGUCAAUGACUAAUCUACUUUCUGUUUUUAGUGUUCAUGUAGUGACUCUUACCUCUCUCUGUUUCUCAGGUGAAGAAGAGUAGUGAUAAAGUACGUGUGACUGUGAAGCCACAUUUGCUCUUCAGGGUGAGUGUCACUUUGUGUUGUUGUUGUGUGUUUUAUAGAGAGUGAGUGAAAAUGACAUUGAACCCUUGCGCUGUGUUUUGAGCCACAAUUCCAACUCCACUCCUCUCUAACCUGUGUGUGUCCCUCCUCCCAGCCCUUAGAACAGCAACACGGGGUGGUCCCUGACCCGGAUGCAGAGUACCACCUCUUUGACCGGGUGGUCAACGUCAGAGAGAGCUUCUCCGUCCCCCUCGGCCUCAGGGGAACCAUCAUCGGCAUCAAGUCAGGUGAGUGGUCACACACACACACACACACACACCCUGUGUCUCACACUCACUCACUCUUUCUCUCAUAUACUGUACAACAUAAACACGGUCACCCUCUCGUCUUUGAACAGUCUCUAAACUGAUGUUAAACCUCUCUCCCGUGGCAGCUGAUCGGGAGGCUGAGGUGUUGUAUGAGGUUGUGUUUGAUGAAGAAUUUGCUGGUGGACUUACUAUCAGGUACAGUCUCAUGUCUGUGUUUCAUAUAGGCCUAUGUUAAGUGUUUCAAGCCUCGAUCAAUAGCAUGUUUCCUAUUACGUUGUCUUUUUAUGUUAAGUACCUGAGUUUUUGUGACUGACUCUUGUGUGGUUGUGGCCCUGUCUGGGUGACUGUAGCUUGCCUGACUCUGGUGUGUUGCCUACUUCAGGUGUGCGGUGGGCCGUGGCUACAGGCUGCCUCCCUGUGCCUUAAUCAACCUGAGCCACGGGGGCCGUGUAGAGCAGGGCUUCCACAAACUGACCGCUAUCGUCAAGCCCCAGCCUGCCUCCUCCCACCAACACAACAAAGGACAGCUGGUCGGGCUCAACCACUCACCGCGAUCACCCUUCAUAUCCACACAGGUUGGACUGGAGUAUAGCAUGUACUCACGUGCACACCACUCAAAAAAGACUGACCUAACCACUCCCAGAGUAACCAGCAUAGAUCAAGGCGAAUAGCCUCCAACGUUUGAUCUGUGUUUCUCACAUUUGCCUACCUUUCUCUCUAUGUCCCUCCCGCUGUAUGUCUUGAUGUCAACCUUUCCCCCUCUCCCUCUGUGUCUCUCAGCAGCAGAACGGCAGACAAAACAUUCUCAGGACAGACACUCAGGGCAACAAAAACUCUGCACACAAAGCCAGCCAGAAACCGCAAUCUAAGGUAAGCUUGUGUGUGUGUGGUUGCUCUCCCUCUGUCUCUCUCUUUGUCUCUCUCUGUGUGAGAUUUACUGUAUACAAUGCCUUAUUUGUGUGUGGUGGAGUGUGUGUAACCUCUGUCUUGUGCUCUCUCUCUGUCUCUCUGUGACUGCAGGGUAAAGAUGAGGAGUUCAGUAAUGUGUGGCAGUCUCUGCAGAGCUCUGGAAUGCCCCAGAAACCACCAGCUCACUGGCAACAAAACAAUGUGAGUCCAUUCAUAAGUUUGUACCAGUGUCACCAUACUCGCAUUGCGAUCAAUGUUGUUCCUGGCUGUGUCACCUGACCUCCAUCUCUCUGUGUCUGUCCCCAGUCGGGUAAGUCUGCCUGGGGUACAGGGUCUCCCGGACAGGAAGGGCAGUUCCAGGGGCAACAAGGCAGGAACCAACCCCAGAGUCAACAACAGCAUCCUCCCAAACCUGUGAGUCACCACUUUAUCUAACCAUAACCACUGAACUUGAAACCCCUGUCCCUUAAUCCCUAACUGUUGAACCUUACACCCCUAAACAUUGAGUCACAUCUCUUUGAUCCUGACUUUAGGGUCUGACCUCAGAUCAGUGUUUUUCUGGACAGCAGGUUAGAAAUACUACAUUAUUUUAGCUGUAACCUGCCAUGCAAAGGUACCCUUAUCUCUUUAACUCUGCCACUCAGUAUCUGCAUCCAGUCUCUCUUGAUAAGAAUGCAGUUUUGCAGACUUUAUAACUAAAGUACUUGCAGUAUAGUUGCUUGUGUAAACCUAGUGAGCCAAGUGAAAAGUAUUCAGUAAAAGUGUUUUAGCGCAACAAUCAUUCCAUAAACUACCUUACAAGUCUGUGACACCUCUGAGGCUGUUUUCCUGUCAGGCCACGCUCCCUCAGGAGACUACAGAUCCCAGCAGCUCAGGAAGUGGAGAACUACAACUCCUGUCGUCACCCCCAGCUGUAGACCAAUAGCAGACCAGAGUCCUCAUCCUCAGCAGUCAGCAUAGCCAGGAAUCAGGACUACAAAUGAAUUGAAACUAGUCAAUAAAAUGCCCUUUUCAAUAGCGGAUUUCAGUGUAGGGUUGGUUAUUACAAGUGGAAGGCUGAGUGUAGACUAAGUUGUAAGUAUAGACCAACUAAUACAACUCAAUGAAGAUGCAUAUUUAGUACAAUUGUAUUAUUUUUGUUGGAAGAUCUCAAUGUGCAGGUAUGACUUCUGAGGGAGAAUGAGGUGUGUGUUAAACUUCAUGUUGUUUUAUAGGGUCCAGCAGGAAGUAUCAGACUCCUCAAGAGAAAUGAAGAUGUCAACUCUCUGUUUCCCGCUCAGAACGCUACAAAGAAGGUACACACACACACACACACACACACAGAGACAGAGACAGAGACAGACACACAAAAUCUUACCCCACUUGUCUCCAGCAGACAGAGUUCGAGGAGUUGAUCGCCAACCUGAAGAUCUCCAAGGGCAACGAGCCAACUCCACCCCCUCCAGCCAAAGAGCCCACGAGCCAAUCAGAGGAGCCGCUUCCUCCGCAGUCAUUCGCUAUGGUGGGUACUAGUACUCACUGGUUGGUGUUAUGCUUUAGUGGCCCAUUUCAAACUUUUACAUUUGAAGUAUCCGCUCUUUCCCUUGUGGUUGGUUGUUGUAGUCCUGUUGUGAUUGGUUAGGUAUGGUCAGUUGGCUAAUUGUAAUUCUUUGUACUCUUAUGUGUGUAGAAGGGGACUCUGGCCCUGAAGGAGAUGCUGAACAUUGGCUCCACCCCUGACUCCACUAGUCCCGCCUCCUUCAACACACAGCAGCAGAACAGGAGACGACCCACCAAGAAACUGGGUGAGCUCAACUAUGUGUAACGCUACAUGUUUAGUAGAACCCGACCAAUAUGGUUUUUAUCAGGAGGACAACACUUACGGAUACCGAUAUACACUACAUGACCAAAAGUAUGUGGACACCUGCUCGUCGAACAUCUCAUUCCAAAAUCAUGGGUGUUAAUAGAGUUGGUCCCCCCUUUGCUGCUAUAACAGCCUCCACUCCUCUGGGAAGGCUUUCCACUAGAUAGGCCGUCAUUGUAAAUAAGAAUUUGUUCUUAACUGACUUGCCUAGUUAAAUAAAAUAAAUAGGUGUUGGAACAUUGCUGCGGGGACUUGCUUCCAUUCAUUCACAAGAGCAUUAGUGAGGUUGGGCACUGAUGUUGGGCGAUUAGGCCUGGCUCGCAGUCGGCAUUCCAAUUAUUCUCAAAGGUGUUCGAUGGGGUUGAGGUCAGGGCUCUGUGCAGGCCAGUCAAGUUCUUCCACGCCGAUCUCGACAAACCAUUUCUGUAUGGACCUCCCUUUGUGCAUGGGGCCAUUGUCAUGCUGAAACAGGAAAGGGCCUUCCCAAAACUUUUGCCGCAAAGCUGGAAGUACAGAAUCGUGUAGAAUGUCAUUGUACAGUGCCAUGCAAAAGUAUUCAUCCCCCUUGGCGUUUUUCCUAUUUUGUUGCAUUACAACCUGUAAUUAAAAUUUAUUUUUAUUUGGAUUUCAUGUAAUGGACAUACACAAAAUAGUACAAAUUGGUGAAGUGAAAUGAAAAAAAUAACUUGUUUCAGAAAUUCUAAAAAAUAAAUAACGGAAAAGUGGUGCGUGCAUAUGUAUUCACCCCCUUUGCUAUGAAUCCCCUAAAUAAGAUCUGGUGCAACCAAUUACCUUCAGAAGUCACAUAAUUAUUUAAAUAAAGUCCACCUGUUUGCAAUCUAAGUGUCACAUGAUCUCAGUAUAUAUACACCUGUUUUGAAAGGCCCCAGAGUCUGCAACACCACUAAGGAAGGGGUACCACCAAGCAAGCGGCACCAUGAAGACCAAGGAGCUCUCCAAACAGGUCGGGGACAAAGUUGUGGAGAAGUACAGAUCAGGGUUGGGUUAUAAAAACAUUUGAAACUUUGAACAUCCCACAGAGCACCAUUAAAUCCAUUAUAUAAAAAUUGGAAAGAAUAAGGCACCACAACAAACCUGCCAAGAGAGGGCUGCCCACCAAAACUCACGGACCAGGCAAUGAGGGCAUUCAUCAGAGGCAACAAAGAGACCAAAGACAACCCUGAAGGAGCUGCAAAGCUCCACAGCGGAGAUUGGAGUAUCUGUCCAUAGGACCACUUUAAGCCGUACACUCCACAGAGCUGGGCUUUACGGAAGAGUGGCCAGAAAAAAGCCAUUGCUUAAAGACAAAAAUAAGCAAACACUUUUGGUGUUCGCCAAAAGGCAUGUGGGAGGCUCCCCAAACAUAUGGAAGAAGGUACUCUGGUCAGAUGAGACUAAAAUUGAGCUUUUUGGCCAUCAAGGAAAACGCUAUGUCUGGCGCAAACCCAACACCUCUCAUCACCCCGAGAACACCAUCCCCACAGUGAAGGAUGGUGGUGGCAGCAUCAUGCUGUGGGGAUGUUUUUCCAUCGGCAGGGACUGGGAAACUGGUCAGAAUUGAAGGAAUGAUGGAUGCCGCUAAAUACAGAGAAAUUCUUGAGGGAAACCUGUUUCAGUCUUCCAGAGAUUGGAGACUGGGACAGAGGUUCACCUUCCAGCAGGACAAUGACCCUAAGCAUACUGCUAAAGCAACACUCGAGUGGUUUAAGGGGAAACAUUUUAAAUGUCUUGGAAUGGCCUAGUCAAAGCCCAGACCUCAAUCCAAUUGAGAAUCUGUGGUAUGACAUAAAGAUUGCUGUACACCAGCGAAACCCAUCCAACUUUAAGGAGCUGGAGCAGUUUUGCCUUGAAGAAUGGGCAAUAUGGGGUGAAUAGUUAUGCACGCUCAAGUUCAGUUUUUUUGGUCUUAUUUCUUGUUUGUUUCACAAGAACAAAUAUUUUGCAUCUUCAAAGUGGUAAGCAUGUUGUAUAAAUCAAAUGAUACAAACCCCCCAAAAAUCCAUUUUAAUUCCAGGUUGUAAGGCAACAAAAUAGGAAAAAUGCCAAUGGGGGUGAAUACUUUCGCAAGCCACUGUAUGCUGUAGCGUAAAGAUUUCCCUUCACUAGAACUAAGGGGACUAGCCCGAACCAUGACAAAGAGCCCCAGACCAUUAUUCCUCCUCCACCAAACUUUACCGUUGGUACUAUGCAUUGGGGCAAGUAGCGUUUUUGUUCUGGGGGGGGGGGACGGGACUGCUCUUCCUCCUGGGCAAGGCCUGUCCGCUCAAAGACCUCUCCAUCACGGUUGACAACUCCACCUGGUUUUCAACCUUCCCAAGUUCUCAUGUCACCCCGCUCCUCCGCACACUCCACUGGCUUCCAGUUGAAGCUCACAUCCACUACAAGACCAUGGUCCCACUCCUGGAGAUAUCAGGAGUACUCUUGCUAUAGAAUGACGCUCCAGACAAUGCUUGGCAUUGUGAUCUUAUGCUUGUGUGCGGCUGCUCGGCCAUGGAAACCCAUUUCAUGAAGACCCCGACGAACAGUUCUUGUGCUGACGUUGCUCCCAGAGGCAGUUUAGAACUCGGUAUUGAGUGUUGCAACCGAGGACACUUUUUUUUUUUACACGCUACUUGCUUCAGCACUCUGCGGUCCCGUUCUGUGAGUUUGUGGCCUACCACCACCGUUGUUGCUCCUAGACGUUUCCUCUUCACAAUAACAGCACUUACAGUUGACCGGGGCAGCUCUAGCAGGGCAGAAAUGUGACGAACUGAAUUGUUAGAAAGGUGGCAUCCUAUGAUGUGGCCACGUUGAAAGUCACUGAGCUCUUCAGUAAGGCCAUUCUACUGCCAAUGUUUGUCUAUGGAGAUUACAUGGCUGUGUACUCGAUUUUAUACACCUGUCAGCAACGGUGUGGCUGAAAUAGUCGAAUCCACUAAUUUGAAGGGGUGUCAACAUACUUUUGUGUAUGUGUCAGGAGAAUUUUCUAUCUCUAAUUCAACCUAAGCUUGAAUCAUUACCAGGGGCUGUAAGGCUCUGGUUUUAAUCAUAAAUGAUUCAAGGUCCACAACCAGCAAGAAUGAUCUGUAUUUUUAUUGAUGGAGAGCUCUGGCGCCAAAACCCAUACAUACUGUUUUAUACCCCCUGACACACAAAGGCACUUUGCUCCGCCCACCUUUAGGAGGCUUUCUUAAACAGUUUCCACAGUCUCCUUCACCCUGGAAUGUUUAGUCCCGCCCCCCUCUGUUAGUGGGUUGCCACUACAUUAUAACUCUUAACACCGUUCACACAUUUAUACUGUAUUUGGGGUGAAAUCCUUUAGUCAUUAUUCUUAAAAUACAAAUUAAUCUAACAGUAUGUGUGUAUAUAUAUAUAUAUAUAUAUAUGCAUAUGCCUUCGGAAAGUUUUCAGACCCCUUGACUUUUUCCACAUUUUGUUACAUUACAGCUUUAUUCUAAAAUUGCCUAAAUUGUUUUUGUCCCUUAUCAAUCUACACACAAUACCCCAUAGUGACAGCAUUCAGACCCUUUACUUUACUUUUGUUGAAGCACCUUUGUCAGCGAUUACAGCAUCAAGUCUUCUUGGGUAUGACGCUACAAGCUUGGCACACCUGUAUUUGGUCUAAGGCACUGCAUUGCAGUGCUAGCUGUGCUACUAGAGAUCCUGGUUCGAAUCCAGGCUCUGUCGUAGCCGGCCGCGACCGGGAGACCCAUGGGGCGGCGUACAAUUGGCCCAAGGUAGGGGAGGGAAUGGCUGGCAGGGAUGUAGCUCAGUUGGUAGAGCAUGGUGUUUGCAACGCCAGGGUUGUGGGUUCGAUUCCCACAAUGGUAUGAAAAAAAUAAAAUAAUAAUGUAUGCACUCACUAACUGUAAGUCGCUCUGGAUAAGAGCGUCUGCUAAAUGACUAAAAAUGUAAAAAAAUGUUCCCUCUUGGUUCAGUAGGCGAUUGACGGUAAAUGAGGUUUGGACUGUCCUUAGGUUGAUUUAUUCUUAUAUUGUGAAACCUGAACUAGUCUCACAUCUUUUAGGUUUGUGCUUGGUUGUAUUUGUUGAGAGAAAUAUACAGUGCAUUCGGAAAGUAUUCAGACCCCUUGACUUUUUCCACAUUUUGUUACGUUACAGCCUUAUUCUAAAAUGGAUUCAAUUGUGUUUUUCAUUCAUCAAUCCACACCCUAUGAUGACAAAGCAAAAACUGGUUUUUAGACAUUUUAGCAAAAUUAUUAAAAAUAAAAAAUUGAAAUAGCACAUUUACAUAAGUAUUCAGACCCUUUACUCUGUACUUUGUUGAAGGACCUUUGGCAGCAAUUACUGCUUCGAGUCUUCUUGGGUAUGACGCUACAAGCUUGGCACACCUGUAUUUGGGGAGUUUCUCCCAUUCUUCUCUGCAGAUCCUCUCAAGCUCUGUCAGGUUGGAUGGGGAGUGUUGCUGCACAGAUAUUUUCAGGUCUCUCCAGCGAUGUUCGAUCGGGUUCAAGUCCGGGCUCUGGCUGGGCCACUCAAGGACAUUCAGAGACUUGUCCCAAAGCCACUUCUGCUAUGUCUUGGCUGUGUGCUUAGGGUUGUUGUCCUUUUGGAAGGUGAACCUUCACCCCAGUCUGAGGUCCUGAGCGCUCUGGAGCAGGUUUUCAUCAAGGAUCUCUGUACUUUGCUCCGUUCAUCUUUUCCUCGAUCCUGACUAGUCUCCCAGUCCCUGCCGCUGAAAAACAUCCCCACAGCAUGAUGCUGCCACCACCAUGCUUCACCGUAGGCAUGGUUCCAGGUUUCCUCCAGACGUGACGCUUGGCAUCCAGAGAAUCUUGUUUCUCAUGGACAGAGUCUUUAGGUGCCUUUUGGCAAAAUCCAAGCGGGCUGUCAUUUGACUUUUACUGAGGAGUGGCUUCCGUUCGGCCACUCUACCAUAAAGGCCUGAUUGGUGGAGUGCUGCAGAGAUGGUUGUCCUUCUGGAAGGUUCUCCCAUCUCCACAGAGGAUCUCUAGAGCUCUGUCAGUGACCAUCCCUGACCAAGGCCCUUCUCCCCCGAUUGCUCAGUUUGGCCAGCUCUAGGAAGAGUCUUGGUGGUUCCAAACUUCUUCCAUUUAAGAAUGAUGGAGGCCACUGUGUUCUUGGGGACCUUCAAUGCUGCAAAGGUGGACUCCAAUCAUGUUGUAGAAACAUGGAUGAUCAAUGAAAACAAUUUUGAGAAUGCCAAGAGUGUGCAAAGCUGUCAUCAAGGCAAAGGUUGGCUACUUUGAAGAAUCUCAAAUCUCAAAUAUAUUUUGAUUUGUUUAACCCUUUAUUGGUUACUACAUGAUUCCAUAUGUGUUAUUUCAUAGUUUUGAUGUCUUCACUAUUAUUCUACAAUGUAGAAAAUAGUAAAAAUAAAGAAAAUCCCUUGAAUAAGUAGGUGUGUCCAAACUUUUGACUGGUACUGUAUGUAAAUAAGGUAUUUCUGUUUUUUUAUUUUUUAUACAUUUGCAAAAAUGUCUAAACCUGUUUUCGCUUUGUCAUUAUGGGGUAUUGUGUGUAGAUUGCUGUGGAUUAUUUUAGAACAAGGCUGUAACGAAAAAAAAUGUGGAAAAAGUCAAGGUGCUGAGUACUUUCCGAAGGAACUGUAUAGUGUAUCUGCCGAUUUAUACUGUUUUACAGCUGGGAAAUGAAUGUGUAAUUCUUCCACACUGGGUUGUAAUAAAUUGGCAUCCAAAAUAUCAUUUGUCCAUUGAACAUGCUUCAAAUGUUGAUUUCUUAUGUUGUGACAGUAAUGACAUCAUGGUAAUGGCCGUAAGUGUUCAGAUAAGCAUCAUAUUCCUUUUUUCAUCCUAUUUAUUCAAUAUUGGAUAUUGGUGGAAUUAUCUUAUCAGCCGAUACCGAUAUAUUGGUAAAAGGCUAAUAUCGGGUGAUAAUAUCGGUGAACCGAUAUAUCGGUCGGGCUCUUAAUGUUUAGCUACAGGUGGCGCUAUUGUGGGAUUUAGUGGAGAUACCGUACCAUAGAUAUUAAACCAGUUGUUCUUCAUUCCCCUUCUCCUUCCACCUCUUCCCUCUUCCCCUCAGCGGCGAGGAUGGGAGACUCGGUGUUACCCACGGCCCCAGCAGCAGCAGUCCCUCCCCUGCAGGCCCCCCAGCCCUCCUCCAUGGUCCCCAGUGUUGCCUCAGAACUGACCAGGAUCUGUAUGGGACUGGGUAUGGCCCCGCCUGACUUCACCUUCAUACGCAGCAGACAGGUGAGGCAGAGACACACACACACUUGUUACACGUUUGCAUGUAACAUGCACACACACACACAUGCAGGCACAUGCACCCACACACUCUUGCAUACAGACGCACAUUACUCACGUGUGCAUGCACUUACACGCAUGCAUGUACGCAGACAUGUAACAUGCACACGAAUGUAGCAGACACACACGUAUUCAUGCACACUCACACUCUCUCUCCCAGGGUCUGCUGGUGUGUCAGGUGAAGCUCUCCAGUGGUCUGCUGGUCCACGGUCCCCAGUGUCAGUCUGAGAACGAAGCCAAAGAGAAGGCAGCUCUCUUCGCCCUGCAGCGCCUUGUGAGUGUGGUGUGUGUCCUUCCUGUACCUCUUCACAAUCUGUGUGUGUGCAUGUGUUUCUUUCUUUCUUACAUUUUUUUUGUUUUGUGUAUAUUUUACCAGUGUCUCUAUAUUUCUAGGUUUCGUAACCCCUCGCUCUGUCUCCUUCAGAAUUCAGUAGGUUCUGGGUUCCCUCUGCCUCCACCUCUGUUCUCUGGGGUCGGACAGAUAAGGGGACCACCCAUGCGACCCAUCCCUAAUGUGUUCGGUCAAUCAGGUGAGCCCUGGCAUCAUGUGGGGCGUACAGUAACAGUAUAGUAUAUUGAUACUAGACUGUUACUUUACGACCUCUCUGGGUGCAGUAAUGCCCUUUCACCUUGAUAGGUUUUAGGACAACUAAUUAAUUAUUUAUGUGAACCUUUCCCUCUCACUGUCUCACUCUCUCUGUCUUUCUCCCUCUACCUCCAGGUGGUCUGUUGAUGCCUCCUCAGGGGUAUGGUCCCCUCCACUGGGGCUUGCCCCUCCCGCCUCACCAGGGCCAGCCCUUCUACGGGGGCACCUUCCCUGGCGCCCGGCCCCAGGCACCCUCCGUCCCCAUCGGCUCUCACAACCAGUUUGUCCCCUUGCAGGUAGGAGCUCCAGGACCUGUUUCAAGAGUUCACAUUAAAUCACCAAAACAAAAGAGUUAUGCGUGCAUUUAUGUGGCCAAAAGAAACAUAUGAAUAGUAUUUUGGGAUUUCGCCAGACUCCCCCAGAGAAAUGACCAUGAUUAACCAAAUUAUUUGUUUCUGUGGGUGCAUGCGUAUGUGUGUGCUCCCAUGGUAACACACCAUCUUAGCCUCUGACUAACCUAUUUUUAUUGUCAGGUAACUAAGAAGCGCGUGUCCUCGGGCAAGAAGCCCCAGGAGUUCUACAACACUGCUCACAUGGCGAGGAACCAAGCCCCGGGCAGCGAACCCCUGUCUCACUUCCAACCCCCCCUAUCCCCGGCCCCCUCCACACCCCCAAAGAACGCCCAGUGGGCGGGGACCCCAUCUACGCCCCAAACGCCGCGCCAGAACCCCUCUGGCCAAGGCAACACCCCCGGCUCCGCCUCCAAGAGGAAACACAGGAAACUGGCAGUGAACUUCGAGGCAGCCAAAGUCCAAGAAUGAUCCCCUCCCGUUCCGCUUAGGUGUUGGUUUUUAGGAUGGUAUUAUAAUCGGCUGGGUGUCAGUGGCACCCUAUUCCCUGACUGGUGCACUACCUUUAACCAGAGCCCUUUGUAGUUGCCCUAUGUGGCUGUAAUCAAAAGUAGUGCACUAGAUGAGGAAUAGGGUGUCAUUUGAGAUGC